CGGGGAGCGCUUUACAAAGAAACUCCGAGCGCCCGCGAGACACUUCGGCCGCUGGGACGCUCUAGGCAUUCUAGUCUUCGGGGACCAGGUUUGGGGACACGCGCCGAGCCAAGCAGCCACACAUUGACGACUUCUUCGAGCCGAUUCCUUGGCACUUCGAUACUUUCCUUGGAUAUUAUCUAGCAAAUCUCAAGAAAUGGCUUUCUGGGCAAUUCACGUGUUGAUUGGAGUAUUUGCUUAUUCCACCUGUGCAAGAGGAUCUUCCCAGCCCCAAGCACGAGUUUUCUUGACAUUUGAUGAACUGCGGGAAACAAAGACCUCAGAAUAUUUCAGCCUGUCCCACCAUCCUUUAGACUACAGGAUAUUAUUAAUGGACGAAGAUCAAGACCGCAUAUAUGUGGGCAGCAAAGAUCACAUUCUUUCUUUGAAUAUUAACAAUAUAAGUCAAGAGCCUUUGAGUGUUUUCUGGCCGGCGUCUGCAAUCAAAGUGGAAGAGUGCACACUGGCUGGCAAAGACCCCACUCAUGGCUGUGGGAACUUCGUCCGAGUCAUCCAGGCGUUCAACCGCACCCAUUUGUAUGUUUGUGGGAGCGGGGCUUUCAGUCCGGUUUGCACUUACGUCAACAGAGGAAGGAGAUCAGAGGACCAAGUUUUCAUGAUUGACUCCAAGUGUGAAUCUGGGAAAGGACGUUGCUCUUUCAACCCCAAUGUGAACACAGUGUCUGUUAUGAUCAAUGAGGAGCUUUUCUCUGGGAUGUAUAUAGAUUUCAUGGGGACAGAUGCUGCUAUUUUCCGAAGUUUAACGAAGAGAAAUGCAGUCAGAACGGAUCAGCACAAUUCCAAGUGGCUGAGUGAACCUAUGUUUGUGGAUGCACAUGUCAUCCCAGACGGCACAGAUCCAAACGAUGCGAAGGUGUACUUCUUCUUUAAAGAGAAACUGACUGACAACAGCAGGAGCACCAACCAAAUUCAGUCCAUGAUUGCGAGAAUCUGUCCCAAUGAUACCGGUGGACUUCGUAGCCUUGUCAACAAGUGGACUACCUUCUUGAAAGCGAGGCUGGUGUGCUCAGUAAUGGAUGAAGAUGGCCCAGAGACAUAUUUUGAUGAAUUAGAGGAUGUGUUUCUGCUGGAAACGGAUAAUCCCAGGACUACACUAGUAUAUGGAGUUUUUACAACAUCCAGUUCCGUGUUUAAAGGCUCCGCAGUGUGUGUGUACCACUUAUCUGAUAUACAGACUGUGUUUAAUGGGCCUUUUGCCCACAAGGAAGGGCCUAAUCACCAGCUGAUUUCCUAUCAAGGCAGAAUUCCGUACCCACGCCCUGGAACCUGCCCAGGGGGAGCGUUUACGCCGAAUAUGCGAACCACCAAGGAGUUCCCGGAUGAUGUUGUCACAUUUAUCCGCAACCAUCCGCUCAUGUACAAUUCCAUCUACCCAGUCCACAGAAGGCCCUUGAUUGUCCGCACAGGCACCGGUGACAAGUACACAAAGAUAGCCGUGGAUCGAGUCAACGCUGCUGACGGCAGAUACCAUGUCCUGUUUCUCGGGACAGAUCGGGGCACGGUGCAGAAAGUGGUGGUUCUGGCCACGAACAGUUCUGGCAGCAGUGAACUAAUUCUGGAGGAGCUGGAAGUUUUCAAGAAUGAUGCUCCCAUAACAACUAUGAAAAUUUCAUCCAAAAAGCAACAGCUGUAUGUGAGCUCCAACGAGGGAAUUGCCCAAGUGUCACUGCAUCGCUGCCACAUCUACGGGACAGCCUGUGCUGACUGCUGCCUGGCAAGGGACCCUUACUGUGCCUGGGACGGCCAUUCUUGCUCCAGGUUCUACCCAACUGGGAAACGGAGGAGCCGAAGACAAGAUGUGAGGCAUGGAAACCCACUGACUCAGUGCAGAGGAUUUAAUCUCAAAGCGUACAGAAAUGCUGCUGAAAUUGUUCAGUACGGAGUCAAAAAUAACACCACUUUUCUCGAAUGUACUCCCAAGUCUCCCCAGGCAUCGGUCAAAUGGCUGUUACAGAAAGACAAAGACCGAAGGAAAGAGGUCAAGCUGAAUGACCGAAUCAUAGCCACAUCCCAAGGACUCCUGAUCCGAUCCAUCCAGGACUCUGACCAGGGACUGUAUCACUGCAUCGCGACAGAAAACGGUUUCAAGCAGACCAUAGCCAAGAUCAACUUCAAAGUUUUAGAUUCAGAAAUGGUGGCUGUUGCGACAGACAAAUGGUCUCCCUGGACCUGGGCGAGCUCUGUGAGGGCCCUGCCUUUCCAUCCAAAGGACAUCAUGGGGGCCUUCAGCCACUCAGAAAUGCAGAUGAUUAACCAGUACUGCAAAGAUACGCGGCAGCAGCAUCAGCUGGGUGAAGAGCCCCAGAAGAUGAGAGGAGACUACGGCAAGUUAAAGGCUCUUAUAAAUAGUCGGAAAAGCCGAAAUAGGAGGAAUCAGUUGCCAGAGUCAUAAAUUUUCUGGUAUGGGGCUUGUGUUUCCUGUAAAAAAUGGUUUGUCACCAAGGAACAAAUACUGAGCAAAGAGUUUUUUGAUUUACCCUUACAAAUUUCCGAGAAACAGGUUACUCACACCUACGGUGAAUUUACAUGAACUGCAAUGAGCAUGCAUUUUCUUGUAUGAUAAUGACUAGCACUAGACAUGUCAUGGUCCUCAUGGUGCAUAUAAAUAUUUAACUUAAUCUGGAUUUUAUUUAUGACUUUAUUUUGCCUUUUUUUUUUAAUGGUGGCUAGAAAACUAGAAUCAUUACAUCCCUCAAUUGAAUGAGGGAUAUAACCCUGUGACCUGCUCUGCUUGUCAAGAUUUUACGCAGGAAACAAAUGCCAACUUUGCAACUUUCACAUAGUAAACGUCAUAUAAAUGCAUUUGACAGGGCCGCUGCUGAGAGCUUUAGAAUAGACAUCUGAAGGGAAGUGGGCAUCUCAACGUUGUAUAGAAAACACAAGCGAUUCAGAAAGAGAAGGCAAUGAUUUUAUAUGCUUCCAGUGAAAUAUUUAUUGGUGAUUAUAGGACUGUAAAAAUUGUCAGUUGGUGAUAACUGUCAUCAACCUUUGUACGUUUGUUUCAAAAAGAUAAAAUGCAAAACCUACAACAUAAAAUUUUGUUGGGAUUCAUGUGAAUGAACCAUUGACAUUUAUGUACUAAUGCUACUGUCUUCCAGACAAAAGCACUUUCUGUUUUUGGAAGUUAUUUCAGUUAUUCGAGACCCAGAGAAUAUAAAUUUAUACCAUUUAAUUAAUUACCAUUUUUAUAUCUUUUUAAAAAUAAUUCAGUGUAUCAAGUUAAACAAUAUAAGAAGAAAUAAAUGUCAAAUUCCUAUUUAAAGAGAAAAAUUAUCACCCACUCAUCCUAAUAAAGAAAGUAAAUGCAAAUUUACUAAAAGGAAUUUACAGCAAAUGUGGGGCUAAGCUUUCAAUUUUAAUGAACUCCUUUUUAAAACGAACAUUAGAUAUACUGACUUUUAAGUCAAUACUUCCAUUUUUUAAAUUAUUAUUUUUGUGUGUAGCAGAAAGUUGCACCUUAUCUAAAGAAAUAAAAAUGAAAUAUCAUAUAUGAACAAAAUUAACAUUGGUUUUAAAGAUUGAUCUUGUACUAAGUUCAGUAGUAAAUAACUACAAUUGAGGGAAGUUUCGUGAUUAAUAAGGUCAAUUAGCUUCUAGUUAUGUUUGGAGACUUUUAUUACAAUAAUUUAAUGCUAAAUUUUUUUAUCUCCCAUAAAAAUUAGAUAGAAGAAAUAUGAAAAAAUUAUCUUGAUCAUAUUCUUAUGUUUCUCUUAAGAAUGUAACUCUUGCUUUUUCAUCAGGUUUCCUUUUAAAGACAUUUUCUUAUUCCAAGGUGAAAAUAGAAGUUGCACAUUAUACCUAAUCAAUUGAUUACAAAGGUUUUAUGUGUAGCAAACAAUCCAUGAAGAAGACAAUAAAAGUAGAUAUACUGCCUUCUAAGUACUGGCUUUAAUGACUAAAAUCAAUAUCAGAAAGAUAUGAUCAUUGGCCACAAUCCAAGAAUAUGAUUUAUUGCUAAAAUGGUGGUAAAUUGUGAAACAGUAAGUGAAAGUCUCAGUGGGGCUAAAAGUCAAGAAAAAAUGGUAAAUAGGUGACAUAUAUCACAGCAAACAACUUCUCCCUUUUUUGGUUUUUAAAAAGGCAAUUGUUUCAAGUAUCUAUGGUCCGAAAGUAGUCUGGAAAACGGCUGUUAUUCUAAUGGUUAACCUGUUUAAAGAUGUUAUUAAAGGAAGCAUGUUUUUGUAGUGUUCUAUUUAUUUUCAUCCCUACAUGUACUAAGAGAACUGUGUGUCACUGUAAGUGGAGACCAUCCUCUGUGUUGUAAUUAGUCUAUUCCGUGUACAAAGUUGAAAGUACAAUUGUUUUAGAUUCGGAGCACAGGCUCAACUCCCUGCUUCAUGUCAACCUAAACUGAUAACAUUGUUCCAUUUUGUAAUAUUAUUUGUGCUAUUUAAUACCUUCUAUUUUGAACAUCAUUGAAUUGUAUAUACUUUUAUUACUUUUCCUUUAAAAUACAGAUAUCCUUCUUGAAUGUAACUGCCAAAUGUAAAACAAAACAAAAAACCUUGGAAAAUAUCACUAAGUGUACUGAAAGUUGGUGUUUCAUUUUAGGUAGCUAGAAAGUUGGUGCCUUGUGUUUUUCAUUUGAAUUGUAUAUAAAAUGUCCUAGAAAUGCACUUUUUUUUUUCAAAAUGUAGGUUUGUGAAUAGCCUUUGAUGAAACUGUCAUUUACAGUGAAUGUUCACUCUUCUGUGUAAGAAAAGAAACAAUGUAGUUAGCAAAUUAAUAUUUAAUCAGACAUUGAAAAUGGCAUUUGCCUAGCAAAAUAAAGCAAGUUUAAUUCCCCAAA